CAAUUAGAGGCUAGUGUAUACGAAGCAAGAUGGAAGGUUUACGUUUAAGGUGAACUUUUCUGAAAGGAAGUCCGAGCUUGUUGCUAGAAGGGUUCAUUAUUAGCUCGUCCUCUAGGCCUAAAAUCCUAGCUUCAUUUCAAUAUAGAUUAUCAAGGCUUUCAAAUGAGUGAAUCAGGAGUGGAUCUCGACUUUGAUCUUCUAAGUCCCGACGACUUCGGUUCGCACGAAGAAGUGUUCGAUUUUUACAAGUUGAAGUCUAAGAUUCCGGAUCCUCCAAGUGACGUCUCAUCAGCCCUUGGGUUGCUGUUAGAUCGCAAGGAUCCAAUCAAGAACAUGUCAACCCCUAUUACACGGACAAAUUUCAAACAACAGCUGCAGCGUCAGCAGCUGGAGCAACAAGAUCAGUUGUUUCAGAAGCAAGGGCCUUCUGAUCUUAAAGCCCACUCACAAAGCAUAGCAGUUCCCAGGACAGCAUCUCCAACUGCACUGCCUCCUGAUGUUCCAACCAGUGUGCUUCAGGUCAAAACACAGCUGGAAAAUCCGACUCGCUAUUUCAUCGCACAAAAACAGAAGAGACAAGUGAAAGAAUAUCUGAAGAAUCAGGGCUCACCGUCUUCCGCUGGAGACUUGACGAUUGUUAGCAGUGCAAGCCAGCCCACCCUCAAUGCUAUUAAUCAACAAGCUGUGGCCGCCUUAUCUGCAAGUCGACUCAUGGGACAACCAGAGAGCCCAAUGGCAGUUAUGAGUCCGGAUGGAAACCAUCCAAGUGAAGUUGAUAAUUUGCUGGAAGACAUAAUAAGUCUGGAAUCAAAUCCUGUCGAAGAUGGUCUUACAUGGGACCCAAGUCUCACCUUAGGCUCGGUUCCACAGGUUGCCUCAGGCAAUGUUUUUGAUUUGUACAGUGGUCUGGGAAUGAAUGCCAUGAUCCAGGCCCCAGCUGCAUCAUCAUGUCCUGCAAUGAUCAAGCAAGAGCCACAAGAUUCAGUUCUUGACCCAAAUUUUGCUAAAGACAGGCAGAAGAAGGACAACCACAACAUGAUCGAGAGAAGAAGAAGAUUUAAUAUCAAUGAUAGAAUAAAAGAACUAGGAACUCUUCUUCCAAAGCAAGACUCUAGCGAUUCUCGGCAAAACAAGGGAACCAUUCUCAAGGCUUCUGUGGAUUAUAUAAGGAAGUUAAAACGAGAGCAAGAGCGCAUGAGACAGCUUGAGGAAGAAAAGAAGAACACUGAAGAAAUCAACAGAAGACUUUUGCUCCGAGUUCAGGAGUUGGAGAUGCAUGCUCGGGCACAUGGCAUUCCCACCACACCCCUCACCUCUGACACAACUACAGCACUAUUAUCCUCCAUUCUAACAGUAAAACCUUCAAGCGAUGGAGUGAAAAUUAAGCAAGAACCAGUGGACAGUGGGUGUCUAUCCAAUUCAUGUGGCCAUGAAAGCCAAGAAGCAAUGGAAGACUACUCCCUGCCUUCUUCAUGCAAUCCAAGCCCACGCUCAAACAGUAUGGAUGAUGACAUGACUGAUUGAGCUGGCAAAUAUUCUCUCUGCAAUAAACAGACAUGCUUAUCUGAAAUACGAAGGGUGGAAGGUCAGCACACUUGUGUUGGAUUAUAUGACCUCUUUCUUCAGGCCCCUGUAUUUGGAGCUCUCGCCUUGAAAAAGAAAGUUGUCAGGACAGUUCUUUACCUUGAAAAGAUAACAUCUUGCAGCCUUGCAGAUGUCAUAGAUGAAGAUGUGCAAAACUGAUCCAACUGAACAUUAUGACAGUAGCUUUAGUAUCAGUCAGCGGCAGACUAGUCCAACAUGUUGACAUGUAUCUAUGAGAUAUCACUCAGAAAAGAAUUUAGUAUUCUUGAGGACAUCUCUAUAUUUGUAGCCACUCACUGGGCUUGGUGUGACUAUACCAAAGCCUUGUCUGUAAGUUUGGCAGAGUAGUCCUGUUACAUACAUGUAUCUCUUUAGACCAUUUGUUGUGCCAUCUGUUGCAUGUAAAAUUCUUGAGGGCUAAUUUUGAUGGUGAAACCUUGCUUGCAACUUGCAUGGGGGUGAUUAAGUUCCUUUUUUUCUCAUUACCGGUGCACUGGUGACAAAAGGGAGCACAUUUUUAAAGUAUGUUUAAAAGAAUGCAACACCUUUAUGUCUAACAGGACAGUAUAUCCAAAGUUGUAUUAAUGGUCUGAUAUUCAGGCAACAGUUUUUGCUAUACAUGUCAGCCACAUACAACCAAAAUGUACCAUCAAAAUUGGCCCCUGUGAAUUUUCGAGUGUUAUGUUAGAAAUAAUUCAAAUCAUUUCAUUAACAUCACUUACUGGUUACUUGCACCUAUCACUGGGCAGGACUCUUGCUCUUGUGUAUUUCAGUGUUCAAUAAUGAUCAAACUAAAACUUCUCCAACAUGCAUUCAUACCAAAAUGAUAUGAAAAAAAAAAAAAGUAUUACUGUGAAACUAAGAAAAAUGUGAACACUUUGAUUUAAUUCUUAUAGGUGAAUUGUGUGCUCAUCAAAUCUGAUGAAAUCCAGGAUAUGUGUUCAAACCUCGAGACCACAAAGUUAUCACUGUUUUUUUUUUUUAUGCAGUUUAAUUUUUCAAUUCUUAAAUUUAUCUGGUGUUCACGGCUAUCUAGUUUCACAUCCAAAACAAAAACUUUUCUUAAGAUGCUAAAACAUGUUAGUGAAUGGCAGUGUGUUUAAGGUCCAUUUUAAUUCAUGUCGUUAUAUCUUGCAUAUAUUCAGUAUGUUAGCCAGAAGUUUUUUUUGUUUAUUUUUAUAUUUAGAACAAGCCAUUAGUUUUUCAAAGCUAUAGAUUGUUGACCCGGAAGUUCCAGUUGCAGUGAACAAUUUCCAACUUUUAAUUCUCACAACAUUUUUGUGAACAAUUUCUAAAAUGAUGACCAAUUAAAAUCAGCCUGCACUCUAGAUUGACUGAAAAAUUGGAUGGCUUUUGUCAAACGUGUUCCUGUUUGGGUUCAGAACACUGUUUGGUCUCUCAAGUUUUAUUACUUUUGCUUUUGAGCUUUAAAUUAUUAUGAAGUUCUUUAGAGGCAUGAGUGAAUACCACCCUUUGUUAAGUUUGGAACAGCAGUGAUUUAAAUUGGAAAGUGUUUGUUUUUUUUUUAACUCAAGAGUGAAGUGUGUAGUAUUUUGUUUUUGUUUUGGUUGAUGUAGAGCUAAAUCCUCGCAACCUAAAUAGUGUAAAAUGUUUGAGAAAGAGUGAGGAGAUUUUCAAUUUCAGCUUAGGGACUUGUGCAGGUUAACCAAACACUGUACAUAGAUGACGGGUGGUUUGAAGGUUUUUUGUUUCUUUUUUUGUUUUCCAUGACUAAACAUGCAUGAAGUUGUAGAAAUCAGGUUAUGCUCUCUUUAUUUUAAUCAUUUGCAAACGUUUGAAGUAAUCACUUGAUGCAUCUGUCUACAGAGUGGAAUGCAAAAUAACAUUCUUAAAUUGCCAUCUAAGCACUAUUAAAGAGGAAUUGAGAAAAUUU